UUUACAUCACACUAAAAAAAAAAACUCGAUCGCGUCGGACGUGCCUGGGUCUCGUCGCGUAAUUUGUUUUUGUAGUGGAAUACAAAGAAAGCAGAGGGAUAAACAAAUCGUAACUGUCGCGGCAGUGCAUAAACGCAACGUAAAUACACUAGAGAAGUGCUCCAGCAGCCGCAGCCUGCCUUUCCUGUGUACCCUUGUAUAUACACACUGUAUGGGCGCGUCUCUUUUUGUUCCUUCGUGAGUGUGUGUGUAUGUCUGACGUCGCUGUGUCUCGUCUCUCGCCCUCUCGGCCAGCCAAAGCAGAUCACAAUCCGCGCGCCAGUUCGUUUAUUUAAUAGCAACCAUAGAUUGGCGACGAAACAAGGAAUACGCUGGCCAAAUAUUGAAACAAGUGUCGCCGAAUUGUGAUUUCUCGUCUUCCAACGCGUCGGGCAAAUUUUCACACGCAUACACAGCCAGCCACUACACACUCACACUGGCAAACGCGGAGGAGAACCGAAACGAGAUUUUGCAAGUCGCGUCCCAGUAUUGGUGUCCGCAGUGUGGCUGUGGUGGUGCAGUGCUUGUGCAACUACGAUACUCAAUUGUUUAUUGCUGGGCAUAGCUGGAAACCCAAGCCCAAACAGAGCCGCGGAGGAGAGUGCAGGCCAAAGCAAGGCAAAGCAACAAUAGUUAUGCGAGCUCAUUAAGGUGUCGCAGCGGCCUUUCCACCUGCCCCAGCGUUCGCGUUCGCGUCAGUGUCUGUGACUGCGACUGUGUGCACGAGUGAAUCGCAGUGAUAAUAAUAGGAAUUUCUUUUCGAGCUGUUUGUGAUUUCCAACGCGAAAGAAAAGCCACAAGUGAAAGCAGUAGCGAACCCUACUUAUCUGCGCUAAUUGCCACCGUCUCAGUCUCCGAUGCUGCCAGCAGCAGCUCAUCAAUAGUGGAUUACGUCGAUACUGGAUACCCGAGGACACUGUGAGCCACACGACAAUAACAGCAACUGAAUAUGAGGGCCACCACUUGCUCCGUGCCAAUGAGCACUGGCAACCGGCUGGAUAGCUGAGUAGCCGACUCCCAGCGAACAUGACUCUGAGCGAAACUCUUCACUCCAGAGCCCGUAGUCCGUAGCUACAAUGGAACAUCAAGCAAUUCCAAGGUUGUGCCACACAGACCAGCGUAUCUAGCCACUUAAGUCUUAAGUCUACUCGAGAAAAUAAGGAAGCCAGGAGGCCCUCCCAGCCGCACCUCAUCACAGCAAUCAACAUGAACUCCGUCAUAUCCGCAUUUAAGGGAAAGAAGAGCAGCUCGGCGAGCAGCAAUACGCCGAACGGGGCAGCCAACGGCGCUGUGUCCGGGGAGACCAAGCAGACCAACGCCGGAGGCCUGAGCAUCAGCAUAGCCAGUGUUGGCGGAGGCGUGGCCAAAAUGAAGCCGGUGGCCCAGAGCAGCGGCUACCAGUACCUGCGGCACAUACGCGAGAUUGAGACGGCCAACAAGUUGCUCUCGCCCGUCGUUGUGGUAGCGGAAGAUCGGCCGGCCAGUAAAGUGGGCUCAGGCCCGCCAGUGACAGCCGUAACCGUCGGAGUCGAUGUCGUAGACCACUGCUUGCCGCACCCAGUGCGAUUGUCCAGCACCGAGGCGCUCUCAGACUUUAAUAUGAACGGAAAGGCCAUGGCAACUGGCGAAAAUGCGAACCUCGAGGCGACGGAGUCCUGGAACUGCCCCCAGAUGCCGCCAGCUGCGACGACAGAUGACGAUGACCUGUCCGAGCACUCGGCAGCCGCCUGUACGAGCACCAGCAGCUCCAGCGAGCACAGCAACAGCACCGUGGUGCAUAGUCCAACGGUGGCAGAGUGCACCUCCGCCUCGGUAUCCGGAUCAGCGUCAACCUGCGCAUCGAUGAGCCAUCCCAGCCCAAGUUUGAGUCUGCACAGCUCCUCGUCCGUCACCUGCGGCAUGAGCAGUCCACACAGCCAGUCGUCGCUGGCCAUUACCUGCGAGCCGCAUUCAACCUCCACAACCACCCUGUCCUCGCUGGGAUCGGACGGAGGCAACGGAAAUGCUAACGGCAACUACAUACCCGCCUUCCUGAUGGCCGCCCCAGUCACGUUGCCCAUCGGUGGCCAAAUGCCCACAACGGUUCCGGGCGCCAGCUCUGCUGCCAGCACGCCAAAGCACACGCGGUACUCCAAGCCACGUCUCAGUCUGAGCCGCGUCUUCAACCACUCGAUGCCCUCGGUGCACGGCCGGCCCAAUCUCAGCGUAGCGCAAUCUGGGGACGGGACUCCAGCGACAGCCGCCGGAGGGGCUGCAAAUCCCCCGAAGCGCAUAUCCACGCACCAAAGAAACCUGAGUCUGGAUUUCAGAUCCAUGGGUAUACUGCUGCCGCCCGUCUCGCAGGUGACCAAUACGCGCAUCAAUCAUACUCAGCACCACCGGAACCGAAGCCUGGACAGCGCCCUGCAACGCAUCCCAGAGGUCGAAGUGUCAUCUCCAAAUGCCGAGAGCGAGAACACGUUCUGCUCCCCGUCCAUUCUCGGUGCGAAUAUGUGCUCGAAAAUUGCCACCACAGCAGCAAGUGUGACGGCAGCCCUUUCCCCACCAGCCCUACCAGCGCCGGCCUUGAUGUCCGUGGCCAGCUCGACGCCAGCGUCCACGCCCACGACUGCCACGAAGGGUCAUAUCCUGUCCUCGCAUCCAGUGGCGAAGCAGUCGGCUUGUAGGCCCAGUGCCGUUGUCGAGUCCUGUCCCACGCUGCGGAUGCGCCCCAAGUCCAGCGAGUCGGUGGCAGUCAAUGGACAGGAGAUUAUUGGUGGCAUCGUGAGCGGUUCCACUAACAGCGGUGGCGGCAGCAGCAGCAACAAUAGCUGCAGCAGCGCCGGCAGCAGCAAGAAGCGGGAGGAUCUCACCAGUCUCGGGUCGGACGACUCUGGCAUCAUCUGUGGCUCGGAGUCGGACCAAAUAUCCCUGAAUCGCAUAUGCCACUCACACGAAUCGCUCGACUCGGGCGAGAUGGAUGCGGAUGCCGACGCGGAUGCCGAUGCCGAAGAGUGCGUGGAUCUUAUGGAGACGACAUCCAUCGACGAGGAGUACAACGACCAUCUGUGCUUCUACUCAUCCCCAGCCGCCCAGGCUAGCUCCGCCCUGGACUGUGGCACCCUGCGACCCUCGCGCAAGGCAAAGCGACAGGCUCAUCCUCCCCAGGAGGGGCAGAGAGGAGGGGAUAACGACACUGAAGUCGAUGACAGGACCCGGUACCGCGUUAUGAACAUGUCCCAAGCAGCCAUCAAUGUGGAACUGGGUGCAGCUCCAAACGAAAUCGAACCGGUGGUGUACGACCAGGACAAAGAAGUCAGCCAGGAACAGGUUACGGACGCGGAGUCAUCCGUUGUCACAGCAGAAGUACCCACUCUUGCAGCGGCUACGCCUUCAGCCACCCCCACCCCGACUGCCACGCCCACGCCGACGGAGAGCACCAAGAACGACCAGGUGCUCUUCAAAAACUUCUUCGGAGCCACAAAGAAUGCCAUCUUCCGCACGGCCCAAAGCAUCAUCGAGAACCACGAGAAGAAGAACGCAGCCAAGCAAAAAGAGCAGCCGGAUCAAGCGUCUGUAGUGCCGCUUGCGAAUGGGCCCAGCUCUAGUAGCCCAUCGCCGCAGGACCAGGUCAAGUCGCCCACGGAUAUUUCCAAGAAAAAGGAAUUCUUCAGCCUGCUCACGUCGAAUUCUAGUAAAAAGGCAGCAGCCGCUGCAGCAGCGGCGGCUGCGAACUCAGCUGCCAACACACCCGUGGCCACGCCCACCGAGUCGGUGGACUCGAAGAGCCCACAGCUGGCGGACACAGCUGGUGAUGUGAAGGCCAACGAGCAUGUGCGCACGCUCAACCUGCGUCUUCCCGGAGCCGACAGCGAUGUCGCUGCCAGCGAGACAGCACUCUCCAAGUGUUCCUCCAUCAAUUCACUGCACAAGCUGAAGCUGCCGGUUCCCGGUGUCGUCAAGUACUUCAUCAGCGAGCGAACCUCGGACAUGCUUCAGAAGCCGGAGAAGGGCCAGAGCGGGCUGUUGCGGUUCUUCGAGUCGCCGGUGUUUAACAUACACUUUGCCGUGCACUACCUGUUCUACUCGAAGGAGCCGGGCGUGCUCAGCUUUAUUGGCAACAAGAUCUUCAGCUUUCCCGACCAGGAGGUCGACCUGUACAUACCGCAGCUGAUUGUCAUGUACAUCCAGAUGGACGAACUGGCCGAGGUGCUGGACCCGUACUUGACCAUCCGCUGCCGCAAGUCUGUGGACUUCUCGCUCAAGUGUCUGUGGCUCCUCGAGGCCUACAACUACCAAGUGGACUCGCUGGGUAACUCGCACAGCGGCUCCCGCAAGUCCAAGCUGGCGCUGAUGAAGGAGAUAUUUUCAAAAAGGGAGCAGAAGCAGGCCCAGAACGGCGGCGCAGAGCCGAAAUCGAUAGUGGCCUACGCCAAGAAGACGCACCACCGCUCCCAGUCCGACGCCACGGUGCUGCUAGCAGAAUCGCGCUCCCCGCACACCCUCAGUAUAUCUCACCGUAUGUACCAGCAGCCGCCGUACACUACUCAGACCCUGCCCACCACUCCCGCCAAGCUGUGUCUCGGGGAUCUGACCUCGGGCCACGCCUUCGACAACGGCUGCACCUGCUUCGAGACGGUGCGCGGCCAGGUGAAUGGUCUGCUCGGCCAGCGGACUCUUUGCAGCUGCGGCGCUCCGAAGACUGCGCCCCAGAAGGAGUUCAUGCGGGCGCUGAUGAACGUUGGCAAGAACCUCACUUCGCUGCCGUCCAAGGCGGAAAAGACCUCGGCACUGCGGAUGUUCCUCAACCUGAUCAACAAGAAUCUGCCCGCCAGAGUCUGGCUGCCGCUCUACUCGGACAUACCCCACCACGUCGUUCGCAUUACAGAGGAGAAGACCGCUGUGCUCAACUCGAAGGAUAAGACGCCUUACAUCAUCUACGUGGAGGUGGUGGAGGUCUCCGACAUCUACACGUCCCCGCUGAUACCCAAGAUGAUGCCGUCGCUGAGGCACACGAAGAGCGAGGAGCAUCUGGAAGGUUCCUGCCUCAACUCGCACCAGCACCUAAGCUGCAGCCGUACCUCCAGCUGCAGCAGCAGCCAGCAGGGCUCCAGUUGUCGGAGGAAACGAGCGGCGGCGGAAGGAGGCGACGCUGGCGGAUGUGGAGAUGCUGGAACACACAAUUGUUGUGUGCCUUCUUUAGGAGGGCUUCAGCUCCAUGAGGAUGAUGUGUGGUCGCAGGAGGAUGACGAAAUAACGGCGCAGUACCUAAACAUGCGCAAGCUGAGCGAGCGGGACACCAUCUCGCAAAUGUCGCUGGACUCGUGCGAUUCGCGGGACCAAGGACCACCGGUUGUCUUCAACAUUGGUGAUGUGCGUUCACGACACUGCAGCAACCUGAGCUGCGAGAACACCAAGUCGUUCAGCAACGAUCCCGAAGAUCCCUCGGCAGCAGCCCUAAAGGAGCCUUGGCACGAAAAGGAGAAGCUCAUUCGGGAGUCCUCGCCCUACGGUCAUCUAUCGAACUGGCGGCUGCUGUCGGCCAUCGUCAAGUGCGGCGAUGAUCUGCGCCAGGAACUAAUGGCCACCCAGUUGCUGCAGAUGUUCAAGAUCAUUUGGCAGGAGGAGCAAGUGGACCUCUGGGUGCGACCCUACAAGAUCGUCUGUCUGUCGAACGACAGUGGACUCAUUGAGCCCAUCCUCAACACGGUGUCCUUGCAUCAAAUCAAGAAGAACUCCAACAAGUCCCUGAGGGAUUACUUCAUCGACGAGUACGGCACACCAACGGGCGAGACUUUCCGCCGGGCGCAAAAGAACUUUGUUCAGAGCUGUGCCGCCUACUGCCUCAUUUCGUAUUUGCUGCAAGUCAAGGAUAGGCAUAAUGGCAAUAUACUCUUCCAUUCGGACGGGCACAUCAUACACAUUGACUUUGGCUUCAUCCUGAGCAUAUCGCCAAAGAAUCUGGGUUUCGAGCAGUCGCCGUUUAAGCUCACCCCGGAGUUCGUCGAAGUCAUGGGAGGCACCAGCUCGGAGCACUGGCGGGAGUUCAACAGGCUCUUGCUGGUCGGCAUGAUGUCUGCCCGAAAGCAUAUGGAUCGUAUAAUCAACUUUGUGGAGAUCAUGCGCAGCAAUGCUCAUUUGCCGUGCUUUAAGAAUGGAUGCUCCGGAACCGUGCAGAAUCUCCGCAAACGCUUUCAUAUGAAUUUAACCGAGCAGGAAAUGGAACGAAAGGUGGAGCAGCUGGUGCAGGACUCCCUGAAGAGUCUGUCGACGAAACUGUACGAUGGUUACCAGUACUACACGAAUGGCAUAUUGUGAGAGCGGUUUUUUAUGAAGAUCUAAAAGGGUGUAAUAAGCAGAUGCUGGUAGCCAAAACUAAGGACUGACUUUUUUCUAAAGGAAUUAUUGUAUAUUAUAUAUAAUAUUUGUGUAAUUAUCAGCGACAAACAAACAAAAAAAAAAAAAAAUACUAAAAAAACAAAAAGAAUGAAAUUGUACCAAACCCAAAUCUGUUAUCGUAGCUUAAAUCGUUCGUUGUAUGCGUUUGCAUUGUUGAAUUAGCGUAAAGUGUAUGUUGUCUAGAUUCUAAGGAGCAAUCUGUAAAUGUUUUGCAUAUAAUUUUAGACUGUCUGAGUGAGAGAACCGCGAGUGUCGUCGGUCUGUUAUUCCAUUUCGAACUUCAUCAUCUGCUUGUAAAUACGAUUUCCAAGAACCAGGCCUACAUUUUGAUAAUUCUUUCGGUUGCUACGCUUGGCACUUGGCUAUUAAAUUAAAUAUCCCCAUCUAAAUUUUAUACUCUGGCGCUUUGUAAUUUAACCAUUCAGUCUACUAAUAAUUACAGCAUCUAAUUCCACUAUUUAGCCGUAAGCAUAGGGUUAAGCGUUGCUGCAGCUUACAUUUUUAUUACAGCAAUAUAAUCGUUAAGCAGAUCCCUUUGAUUCAACAAAUUUACGUCUUUUUAACCAGAUUAUGCCGCGAGAGUACAUACAAAAGCAUACACGAAACGUUCAAAUCGCCGUCAAAUUCAUUUGUAUUUGCCUAUCUAACUAUCUAUCUAUUAUAUAGUAAACUAAACCUAAUAAUUUUCCAACUUAAUAUACUUAUACUUGUAAGCUAUGGCAGUGGAGGAGGGAGGCGGAGCAAAUCAAAGCAUACGAAACAGUACUAAAACAGAUAAACAAAUAGCUAGGCACUGAAAGUGAACAAUUUCAAGUUUGUAAAAAGGAUCGAAGGAGGACUACCUUGCAUAUAGUACGUGUAAGUUAGGCUGCACUCAAACAUUAGCUACAAGUAUUUCAAAAUGUAAAUGCAUAUUUCUACACACUUUAUUAAGUAAACAUAAAAUAAAUAAAAAGAGCAUAUUGAUAUACAACCAAAAA